AUGGAAACAAUUGAUAAUGAUGAUAGAGGCCAAGUGCCUUUAUCAGAAGUGGGAUUUGCAGGACAAAGAUCUGAAGAGAAUAUGCAAAGUAAUAAAGCGUCGACCGAUUGCAUGGACAUUCGCCUGUGUCCAGAUGUGAGGAAUUGGUCUCAAGAGGAAUCAAGAGAGAAAUUAUUAAAGUCAUUAUGUGAAAUAAAAGAAAGAGAUAACGGCAGUAAAUCAUUUAUGAUUUGCUGCUCUGAUUUUGCUCUGAAUGUAACUGUGCGGUAUAAUGAAACAGUGGAAACUGAAAACAACAUUGAUAAUCACUCUAAUAUAGGCCUACUUCCGGAAAAUUGUGGCAAGCAGUUUGACGACCGCUUAAAUGGAGGAAAUUUUACAGGCAUAUACGAAUUCCCGUGGAUGGCACUUAUCUCUCAUGUUGAGAAAGAUUCCAAUGGUAUAGAAAAACGAAGAUUUAAUUGCGGGGGAACAAUAAUCAGCUCUAGAUAUAUUUUGACUGCCGCACACUGUGUAUAUGAAAAGAAAAUCGCGGGUGUACGUGUCGGUGAAUAUAACAUCCAUUCACUUACAGAUUGUCAAGGAGAAUGGCCAAAUUAUGUUUGCGAAAGUCACUUGCAGGAUCUCCGUGUGGAAAAGGCAACAAUUCACGAGGCGUACAGCACAAGCCCGAGACUCAUAAAUGAUAUUGCAAUACUCCGAGUUAACAAAGAAAUCGAUUUUUCGUUUAAAAAUGUCAAGCCGAUUUGUCUACCGGUGUGGAAAGAAGCCCGUAACGUUAGUCUCAGUGGGAAGCGAGCUACAGUCGCAGGGUGGGGUGUUACAGAAACCGGAAAAUGGUCAAAUAUUCUACAUAAAGUAAUUGUACCAAUUAAGGCAGAAACCUAUUGUACUGAAUACUUAGAAAGAUACUCUGACCCACAAGACCACACUUUUAAGGUUUUAUGCGCUGGUGAAGUCGGGAAAGAUUCCUGUAAGGGUGACUCUGGAGGUCCUCUUAUGCUGUUUGAAGACUAUAAAGACGACUACCGCAUGAUUCAAUACGGUAUCGUGUCCUACGGCCAGGAGGAGUGCGGCUCUGCAUCGCCGGGAGUGUAUACGGAUAUUACUAAAUACAUGAAAUGGAUUUUAGAUAAUAUUAAAGAA